AUGCUCGCCGCCAGCCUCACCACAGCCUCGGUGCCGCCGGCCGACACCUGCAGCGCCGCGGGGUCACUGCCUUAUACGCUGACAAACAAGACUCGCUUGAGCCCCGACUCGUGGCUGCUGCGUUUUGCCUUGCCGCGCCGGUACCUGGGCGACGACCCCUCGCUGCCGACGUGCCUCAAGGUCUUACAUCCCGAGGGCACGGACGAGGCCGGCCGGCCCAAGCGCCUCGAGAAGAGCUACUCUCCGGUCUCGCAUCCAGCCACCGAGGGCUCUGUCGACUUGGUUGUCAAGGCAUAUGAGCCGCGGCCGGGCGGCGGCGUCGGCACAUGGCUGUGCGGCCUCGAGGAGGGUGCCGUGAUGCAUGCGGUUCUCAAGGCCAAGCGGGUCAUGCACGGCGACGCGGCGGUCGUUGGCCGCUGGCAGCACGUCGGCCUCGUCGGCGGUGGCACCGGCAUCGCGCCGCUGCUGCAGAUUGCGCGCAUCCUGCUCGAGGACACCGGCAGCGCUCCGGCGGCGAGCGUGCGGCUGCUUAGCGUGAACCGGCGCGAGGAGGACAUACUUGCGAGGCAGGAGCUCGAAGCACUGGCCGCCGCGCACCCGGACCGCUUCCGAGUGAGCUACUCGCUGACUGCGCCGCCGGCGGGAUGGGAGGGCCUCACGGGGAGGGGGUCGGCGGAGCUCAUCACGGCGGCGCUGCCGCCUCCGCGCGGCGACGGCAGCACGAUGGUGCUGGUCUGCGGCACGGACGGCUUCGUCGAGCUGUGGGGGGGUCCGGUGGCGCGCGCGCCCAAGCAGCCGGGCGAGAAGAAGGGCGCGAAGGUGCAGGGCCCGCUCCUCGGGCUCCUCGCCGAGGCCGGCUUCGACGCGUCCGAGGUGUUCAAGUACUGA